CUCGAUCUUGGUCCCCAGGAUCUGAUUGAAGACCCCUGACUUAGCGUCUCCAGCCAGGACCCUCAAGCCUCUCAGGUGCUUAGGAAAAGGUCCCGUGUGACAUGGCUGAGGCCCACCAGGCUGUGAAUUUCAUGCCCUCGCUGACUUCGGACGGGGGUGAAGUGGAGCUCAGUGGCCCUGUGUGGCAGGAGAUCUACCUCUCUGGCCUGCGCUCUUGGAAGAGGCAUCUCUUGAGAUUCUGGAAUGACUUUCUCACGGGUGUGUUCCCUGCCACCCCCCUCAGCUGGCUCUUCCUCUUCAGUGCCAUCCAGCUUGCCUGGUUCCUGCAGCUUGAUCCUUCUCUAGGAUUGAUGGAGAAGAUUAAAGAACUGCUGCCAGACUGGGGUGGACAGCACCAUAGGCUGCAGGGUGUUCUGGCAGCUGCGCUGUUUGCCUCGUGUCUGUGGGGAGCCCUGAUCUUCACACUUCACGUGGCCCUGAGGCUGCUUCUGUCCUACCACGGCUGGCUUCUUGAACCCCAMGAAGCCAUGUCCUCAACCACCAAGACCUGGUUGGCCCUGGUCCGCAUAUUCUCUGGCCGCCACCCGGUGCUCUUCAGUUAUCAGCGCUCGCUGCCGCGCCAGCCGGUGCCCUCGGUGCAGGACACCGUGCGCAAGUAUCUGGAGUCUGUCCGACCCGUCCUCUCCGACGAGGACUUCGACUGGACGACGGGGCUGGCCCAGGAGUUCCUGAAGCUGCAGGCGUCGCUGCUGCAGUGGUACCUGUGGCUCAAGUCCUGGUGGGCAUCCAAUUACGUCAGUGACUGGUGGGAAGAAUUUGUGUACCUGCGCUCCCGCAACUCACUGAUGGUGAACAGCAACUAUUACAUGAUGGACUUCCUGUAUGUCACACCCACGCCGCUGCAGGCGGCUCGCGCAGGGAAUGCGGUCCAUGCCCUGCUUCUGUACCGACGCCGUCUGAACCGCCAGGAGAUUCCCCCGAAUUUGCUGAUGGGAAUGCGCCCCUUGUGCUCUGCCCAGUAUGAGAAGAUAUUCAACACUACGCGCGUGCCAGGGGUCCAAAAAGACUACAUCCGCCACCUCCAGGACAGCCGACACGUGGCGGUCUUCCACCGGGGUCGAUUCUUCCGUGUGGGGACCCAUUCCCCAAAUGGCCUGCUCUCCCCGAGGGCCCUGGAGCAGCAGUUCCAGCGAAUCCUCGAUGACCCCUCGCCCGCCUGUCCCCACGAGGAGCACCUGGCGGCCCUGACGGCUGCUCCCAGGGGUAUGUGGGCCCAGGUGCGGAAGUCCCUGAAGACCCAGGCCGCCCAGGCCCUGGAGGCGGUGGAGGGGGCCGCUUUCUUUGUGUCUCUGGUGGCGGAGCCAGCCGGGCUCACCAGGGAGGACCCCGCCGCUUCUCUGGAUGCCUAUGCCCACGCCCUGCUGGUCGGCAGGGGCCACGACCGCUGGUUUGACAAGUCCUUCACCUUGAUUGUCUUCUCCAACGGGAAGCUGGGCCUCAGUGUGGAGCACUCCUGGGCUGACUGCCCCAUCUCAGGACACAUGUGGGAGUUCACUCUGGCUACAGAAUGCUUUCAGCUGGGCUACUCAGCAGAUGGCCACUGCAAGGGGCGUCCUGACCCCACGCUGCCCCAGCCCCAGCGGCUGCAGUGGGACCUUCCAGAACAGGUCCACCUGUCCAUCUCUCUUGCCCUGCGGGGAGCCGAGACGUUGUCCAGCAAUGUCGACUGCCACGUCUUCCCCUUCUCCCACUUUGGCAAGAGCUUCAUCAAACGCUGCCAUCUGUCUCCAGACAGCUUCGUCCAGAUGGCCCUGCAGCUGGCCCACUUCCGGGACAGGGGUCAGUUCUGCCUGACCUACGAGUCGGCCAUGACGCGCUUGUUCCUGGAAGGCAGGACCGAGACGGUGCGGUCUUGCACGCGGGAGGCCUGCGACUUCGUGAGAGCCAUGGAGGACCAGGAGAAGACAGACCCACAGUGCCUCGCCCUGUUCCGAGUGGCGGUGGAGAAGCACCAGGCUCUCCUGAAGGCAGCGAUGUGCGGGCAGGGGGUCGACCGCCACCUCUUUGCGCUCUACAUCGUGUCCSGAUUCCUCCACGUGCAGUCACCCUUCCUGGCCCAGGUUCACUCGGAGCAGUGGCCGCUGUCCACCAGCCAGAUCCCUGUGCAGCAGACGCACCUGUUCGACGUCCACAACUACCCAGAUUACGUUUCCUCGGGUGGCGGAUUCGGCCCUGCGGAUGACCAUGGGUACGGGGUUUCUUACAUCUUCAUGGGGGAUGACAUGAUCACCUUCCACAUCUCCAGCAAAAAAUCAAGCACAAAAACGGACUCCCACCGGCUGGGGCAGCACAUCGAGGAUGCUCUGUUGGACGCGGCCUCCUUGUUCCAGGCAGGGCAGCGUCUUAAGCGCCGGCGCAGAGGGCCAGGGGAUGAGGACUCGGGACACAGACGUGGAUUUAUCUCCACUAAGACUGUGGAUUCCCAGGCACCCAGGACCUCCACACCCGCUGACCCCUUCCAGUAGGGAGCUGGUCUCCCUCAGGGACKAGUGUGUAGAUCCCCACAGCUGGGCUGGCGCAGGACAGGGGCGGCCAGUUUGGCAGCUCAAAAUCUGGGCCAAUAAAGAUGUGUGAGCUGGG